GAAAAGAAAAAUAGUUUGGGAACAAACAAUAAAAUCAACAUACAGACAGUCUAUACGGGCUACAGUUUAGUGAAAAGCCAAGCCAACCCAACAUCCUCCCUCAUAAAUGGGCAACUUUGUGAGCAGGCAGAACGCGGCGGUCGAGGAAGCAGACCAGAUACCCAACAAUGCCUACAAAUAUCCGCCUCGAAUGGGCAACUUCUUUGGCACUCACUUCAUAAUGGGCGGCGAGCGCUUCGACACGCCCCAACCGGAAUCGUAUCUGUUUGGUGAGAAUGCCGAUUUGAAUUUCCUGGGCAAUCGACCCACGGCCUUCCCCUAUCCCCCGCCUCAGGCGAAUGAGCCAACCAAGACCCUAAAGAGUCUGGUCAACAUCCGCAAGGAGUCUGUGCGUUUUGUUCGUGUGCCAAAUGACAAGAAACCGGACUGUGUGGAUGCCGCCGCCAGCCCCAUAAAGGAGAAACCCAAGCCGAUAGAGAUCCUGGAUGAUUUAGACAAGACGAAUGUAACCAUUGAGGAUGUCGACGGGAAUGUCCUCUGCUCCAUGGGCCUGGGCGGUGGCAGUUCGGACUCUGUGGCCCCGCCGCCGCCCUGCUGCUACAACAUUGAGUUCACCUUCGAUUCGGACGCCAAGUGUGCGAUCACCGUGUACUAUUUUGCCAGCGAGGAGGUCAGUCCCAGCGGCGUGACCUUGGUGGCUCGCGAGGGCCUCACCUCGGAGACGUAUCACUUUGACAAGGGUAUCAAUCAGAGCUUCUCGCAGCCGGGGCAUGUGUUCAAUCCCCAAGUGAUACCCGAAGAUGAUUUCAUUUAUAAUUCAGGCCGAGAGCAGUAUCCCGUGGCCAUACACUGUGUGGUGGAGGAAGGCAACGACGAGUGCCGCCAGUCGCACACGACCAUCUGUGUGAUCGACCAUCACCCAGAGACGAACAGCUAUGUGCUGCGGGCCCUCAAGCAGAAGAUCUUUGUCGAUGGGUUGUGCUAUCUGCUGCAGGAGAUCUAUGGCAUUGAGAACAAGGCAGUUAACAAGUCCUCCAUUGACGAGGAUAUCGACGAUCAUGGCAGCGAGUGUGUCAUAUGCAUGAGUGAGACCCGGGACACCCUCAUCCUGCCCUGUCGCCAUCUCUGUUUGUGCAACUCGUGCGCGGAUUCGUUGCGCUAUCAGGCCAACAAUUGUCCCAUCUGUCGGGCUCCGUUCCGGGCUCUGCUGCAGAUACGGGCCGUGCAGAAGGGCAUCAGCACUCAUGUGCUGCAUCAGAAUACCCCGACAUCGGCUGGCGGGGAUGCGGCGCCCGUGGAUGUGCCACCGGGAUACGUCCCCGUUUCGCUAAUUGAGGCACUCAAUGGGCCACCACAGUAUGUGGCCAGGGCCAGGACAAGCGAGCAUGACAUUACAGACACCGCGGCCACUGUGGCCGCCUCCACAAUGACCAGCAGCGACAUCAAGGCCACCUCGCCCGUGAAGUCCAACAGCACGCGUCGUCCCAAGAUCAAGAAGAAUGCCUCAACGUGCACUUCGACCAGCGAGGUGGGGACCAUCACCACCCCCCAAACAGUUGGCGGCACCUCUGUGGUGGAGAUCGAAAGCGAUCCCAAAAAGACCUCGGCCACGGCCACUUCUACCUCACCCACCACACUGGUGCAGGAGGAGGCCAAGCAGGACAAGCUGCAGAUUGUGAAUGAGCGUAAGUACCCCACAGCCAGAGGAGCAGGGACAGGGACUGGAUCGGGAGGUGAUGCCUCUGCUGGCACCGAUGACGAUGUGGACAGCGAGAACGAGAAGCUUUCGCCAUUGCUAUCGCCGGGCAGCAAGAGCAGGAACCGCUCGAACAAGUCACUCAAGCAGGUUGUGGCCUGCCUGGAGGCGGACGAUGCGGACAAGAAGGGCGGCAGCGGCAGCAUCUCGGGAGCAGGUGGCGAUAGUGGAGUGGCCAGCGAUGAGACGAGCAGCAAGAAGAGCGGUGCCUCGCUCAAGCGAGCCAAGCCCAGGCCCGAGCUAACGAGCAGCAGCGGUGGCAGUGGUACGGCUGGUAGCUCCGCUGAACCGGCGGCUGAUGAUUCGGACUACUAUACGCCCGAGGAUACGCAGAACUCGAUACUAAGUCCACUCUGUCCCACGGAGAAGGAGCGAGAGCGGGCUAAAAGCGGUGACCCGCUGUGCGGAGGAGCAGGCGGCGGCAAUGCAAGUGGUGGCAGCCGUGGCGGUGGCGUCGGGGGAGGCGCCACCCCGACCAGUGUGGUGGUGGGCUUUAGCAGUGCAAUGAAGAAGAAUCUACAUAAGAAAUCCACCUCGGUGGGCAACAUGGUGGGCUCCGGCUCGGGCGCAGUUGUUGACUUGAAGUCCAACAAUGUUAGCUCCCUGCCAGAUAUGCUGGAUAGUCCGAUUAGCGGCAAUUCGGCAUCCACACGCAGCUCCAGUGAUAGCUACUCAUCCAGCUCAUCGACAAAGCAAUUGCUUAGCUCGAAUCCAACCACAACGGCGGCCAACAUCAUUGUGGACGAUAAGACGGCUCUGCAGAAUGCAGUCAAUGUCUGAGGCAAAACCAAAACUCAAUUUUGGUUUUAUAUCUAAACGCUUGUUUAUCCUUAUUUAUUUCUGUAGUAUUGUAAUUUUUAGUUAAAUCGAACGAACGCUGGCGACGAGUAGGAGGAAGAGCCGGAGAAGGGGAAUAGGAAGAAGGAUGAGUCGGCAGCAACCAGGAGGGACACUUAACCAGUAUAUAGACAGACACACACACAAACACACUUACCCGUACACUAACCCACAUAUGUCUAGCAUGCAUGUGUAUGUAGUUUAAUUAAUGUAGAUUAAUGGCUUGGGUAUAUUACAACAAUACAAACAAUAAUAAAUUGUGCUUCGGGCACAACAUUCCAAAA